AUGCCCAUUCCACCAUCGAAUUUUCCUGUUUUGCUUCGUGCGAGUUCCGAACCACCGGAGGAACUUGUAGAGAAAGUGGUCCGUCGGCUCCAGACAACAGGCGAGCUUAUGCGUCUUGCAGCAUUCAUUCCUGGUAGGCUAUCGGAGCUUGGUUGGUGUGAUCGGGUAAUGGAGCUCUGUCGGGAGUAUAUUCGCAACCACAGUGCCAGUGGACCUGGAAUCAAGACCGGCAGUCCUCCUGGGACUGGGGGAUUGAAGGAACCAUUAGAAGUAUCUGUGGAUGAUAUGGUCAGAGAGCUUACACCAAACGUCAAGUAUUGGGUUCCCGAGGAGUUAUAUAAGGAGCUGAAGUAUCGUAUCAUGGAAUUUAUCGGCGAACAAGGUCUUGACUGA